CCUCUCUGCAAGCUCGGCUGUCCCCAUCCUCCUGCCAAAGGCCCCCUUCCCCUCCCCCCCCACACACAGCACACACCUCUGGGGAACCCCAUGCGUGUUGGCAGAACCCUGGAACCCACUCUGCGACCGGAGCUCCCUCAGGCCCCUCCAGCACAGAGGACACUAGAUGGUCUCCUGCUGCCCUGUCGCCCUGUCCCAUAGGUGGGGGCUCCUGGAGGGCAGGGGCUACAGCCUUAGGCUCCUUGUUUCACGUACUCUGCAUCGUGACAAAUGAGAUUCCCAGCAGGUGAGGACAGUGGCGAGUGGGAUCCCAGGAGUUUAGUCUGAUGGGAGAGACCGAGGCCCCCGGGCAGGCUGGUCCUUGGGCUCCACCCCAGUUAGCCAGGCUUCCUUGGAAGCUGCAUGGCUAACUUCUCCCAGGGGCACCAGGGCCUUCUGCUCAGCAGGGUGUUCUCAUUAGAGAGAGGAAUUCUGUUUUGUUUUUCGCUCCUUUAUUUUUAUGUUUUAGUCCUAGGUGGACACAAUACCUUUAUUUUAUUUUAUGUGGUGCUGAGGAUCAAAUCCAGGCCGUCUGGCGUGGUAGGCGAGCGCUCUACCACUGAGCCACAACCCCAGCCCGUUAGCUCUUUAUUCUGAGAUAAUAAGGCUCUACAUCCUCUACGUGAAGUGGCACCUACAGGACAGAGAAUUCCGAGUGCCCUCCCCAGCUUCUCCCACUGGUGACAUCUUGGUAAUUGGAGCCCAGAAUCAAAACCAGGAAAUCUGUUGUGUGCCUGUACAAAUAUGUAACAGAAAAUCCUAUCGUCGUGUGCAACUAUACUGCACCGAUUUUAGAAAGGGGGGAGAUCAACAGUGGGCUGACCAGACCACAGACUUGGUCCCACACCCAUCGUUGAAAUGCAUCUUGGCAUGCACGUGCCUUGUCUGGUCACUUUACUGCCUGUGUAAAUUCAUGUAACCUCCACUGCAUCGAGACCCCACACAUCUGCCACCAGAGUGACUCCCUGCACCACCUGGCUCCCGCACCCCCAGGAUCGUCCUUCUCCCAUGAGGGGCGCCGUCUGCUGAUGCAUCUCGCUCGCCAAGGCUUUCGGAUCAAAUUGGUGAGGCCCCUAGUUAGCAGAACCGGUUCAGGGGAAACAGAAACUGAUACACACAGACUGGGCUAAGCACCUGACCACAGGGACAGCCCAAGCAGGUGCCCGGCAGAGACAGGCCAGGCCUGUGGGCACAGCCCGGGAGGAAAGGGCCUCAUCCUGGGUAUGGAGGGAGAGUGCAGGCAGCAGCCUCCUGAGUCACUGCGUGGCCAGGCCGGGCUGCCCAGGCCCAGAGACAAAUUACAUUCAUUAGGGGAUUUAAGAGGCUGGGGGAGGGGCUGAGGAUGGCAGGCCCUCCCCCAAGUUAGGACAGAGCCCCCAGCCCCAGGGCCCCACUGCUGGUUGGCGGGAACCUUCCCGGGUUCUCCCUGAGUCCCCCCCUCCCCUUUUGGAAUCUGUCUCCCUGUCUGGGUCUCUGUCUGUCUCUCUGUCUCUGCCCACCUCACUUUGGGUCUCCCCAACCCCGGCACAGAGUUCAUGGUAGGGAUUCCCAGUUCCUCCUCCUCCCUGCUGGGGCCCCUGUCCCCAACCUCUCAGGACUGUGAGGACCCAAGCCCAGAAAGCAAGGGGACGGGUGCCCAGUGCUGGUACCUGCUGCCCCCUCCCCCUGCUUCGGUUCUCCAUCCACCCCUCCCCCUCCUGUCCUGCAGCCCUGCCCCCGUCUGUCCCCUUCACCUGCGGUGCUUUUCCUUCCCUACUCUCUCCAGUUCCUCCAUCUCUGCCCCGCUUCCUUGGCCAUUGCUGCUGACCUGCCUGGCACCCAGGUGCAUCUCUCCGCUGUCCCCCUCCGCCUUGAUCUCUUCUUCCCGGCUGCCUCCCCACUUGCCCAGCUACGGGGGCCUUGCUCUUCUUCCUUCCUCUCCUGGCUCCCCUGCCUUCAGCAUCCUCUGUCCCUGUACCUCCUGACGUCUCCUGCCGCCUCUCAAGUCUUCUUCCCACCUGCCCUGCAGCCUCACUCUUGCGGGGCGGCCUCCGUCCCUGCCUGUCUCAGCCCCUCCCAGCGCCUUCCUCCAGCCCCCCACCCUGAUUUCACCAUUCCACCACCAAACCCACCGCUGUCUGGGCUUGGAACCCUCCCUGCGCACCCUGCCCCGGGGUCCUUCUCCCCGGAUUCCUUCCAGAUUAUAGCAUCUGUCAUCAGGGCAGGUUCUCCCUAAGACUCCGGCUGCUCCCCUGGCCUGAGAGAGGAGGGAGGGAGGCAGGGAGUCCUGGAAUGGAAACUAGGCAAUAAAAACAGAAAUGUCAGAAGGGCGGUGAGGGGGGGCAGGGCCAGCCUCUCAGACGGGAUAAAAGGCUUUGUGGCGUGACUGGGAAGAGACACCACCCCUGCUACUUCUUGCAUCGUGCAAGAGGGACGGAGCCUGCUCAGCAUCCUUCCUCCUGCCCUGAGGAGCCCCUGGACCCCGCCCUCUGGGGCUCUGGCCUCUUGCCUUUGCCCCUCUCCAUGUCUCUGAGGGCCUCAGUGUGAGUGGCCCUCACAGCCGUCCUCCCAGCCCCAGGUCUGGGCUCCUUCUCUCCCAUUUGCUCUGCAUUUGCCGAAGGCUGACCCGAAGCCCCAGAAUGUUCCUUCUGCUGACAGCACUUCAGCUCUUGGCUGUAGGCCCGGCAAGGAGCCAAGGGGAUGAUAACAAGAUCAUCGGUGGCUACACGUGCAUCCAGAACUCGCAGCCCUGGCAGGCCGCACUGCUGGCGGGUGCGGGGCGCCGCUUCUUCUGUGGAGGGACCCUGCUGUCAGACCGCUGGGUCAUCACUGCCGCACACUGCGCCCGCCCGAUCCUUCAGGUGUCCCUGGGCAAGCACAACCUGAGGAGGUGGGAGGCUACCCAGCAGGUGCUGCGUGUGACCCGCCAGGUGCCACACCCUGGCUACCGCUCCCGGACCCACGACAAUGACCUGAUGCUGCUGAGGCUAGAGAAGCCGGCACAGCUCGGGAGGGCAGUGAGGCCCAUCCCCGUGGCCCAGUCCUGUGCCAGCCCUGGGACGGCCUGCCGGGUGUCAGGCUGGGGGACCACAUCCAGCCCCGUGGUCAGGUACCCCACGGCUCUGCAGUGCGUGAACAUCAACAUCUCCUCCGAACAGCAGUGCCGCAAGGCCUAUUCUGGAGCCAUCACCUCCGGCAUGGUCUGUGCCGGGGUCCCCCAGGGCGGGAAGGACUCGUGUCAGGGUGACUCCGGGGGACCCCUGGUGUGUGGAGGACAGCUCCAGGGCCUGGUGUCCUGGGGGAUGGAGCACUGUGCCAAGCCCGGCUACCCAGGGGUCUACACCAACCUCUGCAAGUACCAAAACUGGAUCCGGGAAACGAUUCAGAGUGGUUGAUCAUCCACGUGACCGUUCCUCAGCUGCCCCACGUGCCUCCGCAGCCCCUGCUGCCCCGGCUGGGACCCCAGCACCCUACUCUCUGCCGGGGUCCAGCCUCGUGGUUCUGCCCCCACCCCCACCCCCAGCAUCAGGCACAGGGGGCAGGGAGGGACGCAGCAUCUGAACUGGCAUCGUAUUUCAAAGAAGACAACUUUCAAAAAUCUCAGUGUCUCUAACACCCAAAGAAAUGACAAUAAUAAAACAGAGUAAUCCCAAAUUUCAUUCACCCUUCAUUUAGUUCAUUUGAGAAACAAGGACACAGUGGGCCCCAUGGAGGGGGCUGCCUGUCUCAGGCGGGUGCUGGUCCCUGGGGAAUCAGCACUGCUGGGCCACCUGGAGCCCACUGCCUCCCUCACCCCCUGUCCAGAGAGCCGGGUCCAGGGCGAGGCAUCGCCCGGCUUCCUGGAAGCCAUGCACAUGCACCGGCCCUCCUGCUGCAAGGCAGGUCGCAGGCGUGGAGAGCUGAGUGACGCACCCUUGAGGUGAAGGUCUGGCAAAGCCCUCCUCUCCUCUCAGGUUUGAAACUUAUUUUUGCCCUUCCUCCCGGGUUGCAUAAUCCUCCCUCCCCACAGGGAAUUCCACGCAUCCUGGGAAAACACGCAGGGUCACCUCGAGUUUUCCUACGUUACAUGACACCCUGGGUUGGGGAUCUCAUUCUCUAUCUUACUUUCAGCGACUACUGAUUGCACGCCUAUCCUGACCAAAGCCUUGCCCCGUUUACUGGGUGCCUGUUGUAUACCAGGCAUCGUCUUGGGAGCUGGGCGUGAGUGGGAACCCCGUCUGCACACAGCCUGUGUUCUAGCAGGGGCAACAGGCAGGGAACAACAAGAUAAAAAUAAAGCAGAGUUCCUAUGAGUCAAAAGGCCGUUAAACUUGGACGGGGUGGCAGGCCGGGUGCGUGCCAGAGCCAGCUCCUACCAGCUCCUAGUGCCUGCCGGAGAUCUUCAGGAAUUUUAAAAGCCAGCUGCUAAAUACAGCCAUUAUUAAAAAUUGAGUUACAUAAAGUUA